AACUGUGCCCUCUCAGCGCAGACAUCCUCAACUUUAUAUCCUUUCCGCGGCUUCAGUUGCUGAUAAAAUGGCAUUUCACCACAAAGAUCGCAAAGACCUUCAUCGCUUUCCGACCGAGCUACCUCGUCACACCAACCACCACCCCGCCACCAAGAGGAACCGCCGCCAUUCCCCCUUCUGGCAAAAGUUAUUCGCCGGAUCAUCCUCUGUCGCCGCUGUAUCCCUCCUCCUCCUCCUCCUACUACUACCCGACCAAACCCACGGCCGCCAAACCCCCACCCACUCCUCCUCCUCCCUCUCUGAACCACCCCCCCUCACCUUCUCCCCCAGGGGCUUGACCAACACCUUUCAAAUCUCCAUCUUCGAAGACCUCCACUUUGGCGAAAACGCCUGGGAAAAAUGGGGUCCCCUGCAAGACGCUUCCUCCAUCCGGGUGAUGAACAGCGUACUUGACUCUGAACCGUCCACAAACCUCGUCGUGUUAAAUGGGGACUUGAUCACGGGCGAGAACACCUUCAAGGAAAACAGCACAGCGUACAUCGACCAAAUCGUGGAGCCGAUGGUGCGAAGGGGGUUGACGUGGGCGAGUACGUACGGGAAUCACGAUAGCGCUUUUAAUCUGUCGAGAGAAGGGUUGUUUGAGGAAGAAAAGAAGUGGCUGAGUUCGAGGACGGGGAGGAUGGUACUAGGCACUGAUGAAGAGGCGGGGGUUACUAACUAUUAUCUCCCCGUCUACCCAGCGCGUUGCGAGAACAACAGCAUGAACCCGAAAGUAGUACAGCGGAGGGCGGCGCGGCAGCAGCAGCCAUGGUACUAUCGAUGGGCGUUUUUGAAGAACCUUGUCAACAUCAACAUCAACAUCAACAACUUCUACCCGAACCAAAACCAAAACCGAAACCAAAAUCAGCAGCAGACAGCCAGCGAUGGCGACGGUUGCAAUACCCCAGCCCUAAUACUUUGGUUCUUCGACAGCAGAGGCGGAACCAAAUACCAACAACGACACCCCAAGACAGGUCGAUUUCUCAGCGAGCCGAACUGGGUCCAUCAAUCAGUCGUAGACUGGUUCAAAUCCACCAGUGCCUCCAUCGCAGCAAAAGCCGGAGGCGGAGCAAUCCCGUCGAUAGGAUUCGUCCACAUCCCGACCAACGCUUCCUUGGCUCUCCAACAAGGCGGCCAACAGCAAGGAGGACAGCAGCAGCAGGGAGGAGGUGUAGAUGCACACCGUCAACCUGGAAUCAAUGACGAUCAGCCUCUUUCGCAGCAAGGGCAAGGGUGGUGUGCAAAUGAUGGGGAGAGUGCCACCGGUGAGGGCUGUGGUUAUGGUGAGCAAGACGUCCCCUUUAUGGAAGCUAUCGCUUCGGUUCCCGGCAUGAUGGCACUCUUUUCUGGACACGAUCAUGGGAAUACGUGGUGUUAUAGGUGGGAUGGAAAAGUCCCUGGUGUUCAGCAGAAGGACGAAGGAGAAGGGGAAGGAAACGGAGAUGGAUAUGAACGUGGACAUGGACGUGGAAUAGACCUCUGCUUUGGCCAGCACACUGGCUAUGGAGGCUACGGUAGCUGGAUUCGGGGUUCUCGUCAGAUCGUUGUCGAUCAGGAAGAUCUCAAGGAGUUUGCUAUCAGAACUCAUAUUCGGCUGGAAAAUGGUGAGAUUGUGGGGGCUGUCACGCUGAAUGCGACAUAUGGACAGGAUAGAUAUCCUGCCACGCCUAACGAUAAGACGCAUUUGGCGGAUCCGGCGUUGCAGCAAUUCCGAUGAGAGAUACUCCCGUAUGGAUUUGAUUUAUUGCUUCUUGUUAACGAGCGACGAUAGUACUUAUAUAUCCAAUCCCGAUGUUUCUUCACGAUCCCAAAUCUCAAUCUCUGCCUCGCUUCUCGCAAACAUCACAACAUCACUUAU